CCACGGAUGUCUGCACGUCGCCACGCGGUGCGGCUGUGUGUGCGGCCGUUCGGGACGUCACCAGCAGCGGCAGCGGCAGAGGCAGUGCCACCACCGCCAGCACAGGGGGGCAUCUACAGGGGAUUCAAGUGAGGAGAUGGCUCUAAUGAAUCAACGGUUGUUUCUGUGCGUACUGUGCGUGUUGUGUGGUGCAGGUUUGACCGUGUGGCUGACAGCAAGGCCAAGAGCCCCGAGGAGCUCAUAGAGCUGGACCAGAUGGCCAUGGUUGGGAUGAAGGUGGGCGAUGGGAUAGAGGCAAUGACAGAAUGACAGCAAUGAGAGGAAUGAGUUGUGUGUGUGUGUGUGUGUGGCCGAUGUGCAGAGUUUCAAGCUGACGCUCAAGAUCCGCACCAUUAUCUCUGAGAUGCUCAAACGGUCACACACACAGACAGACAGACACACACACACACAGACACACACACAGACAUACACACAGACACACACACACACACAGACAGACAGGCAGCCAUGGAGGGCUGACUCUUCGUGUGUGUGCAUGUGUUGUUUGUGUGCAGGUUUGGGCACAAGGGCGAUCUCGAAGAGAUGGGCAAAUACAUGCAGGCAGGGGCAGCCAGCCACUGUCAAAUGAAUGCAUAGACACACAGCCCAGCCGCCUGUGUUUACUGUCUGUUGCUUACACACAGAUGCGGCUGCGCACGCGCACGUCAGCCGAGGUGCCACGCGUCCUGCCCUCAAGUAACCACACACACACACACACACACACACACACAGAGAGAGAGAGAGAGAGAGGGAUCAAGCUGAUCUAAUGUCGCACCGCUUACUGCCUUGCGUGUGUGGGUGUGUGUGGGGGUGUGUGGUACAGAUUUGUUGCCCGAGAGUGAGCAGGGGCAGUCUGUGGUCGACAAGAUAUUGAGCAAGCCGGGCUACAAGGAACUCAACGAGCUCCUGCAAGUCGCCCAAUGUGCGUAUGCACACACACACACCCAUUCAUCUAUCCAUCCAUCCAUCCGUUGUGUGUCCUUGUGCGUGCUCUCUAUCUCUGUGUGCACAUGUGGGUGUGGGUGUGGGUGGGUGGUAUCUUGUCGCGGCAGCUCUGCCGGAUGAGAGCGAGGUCAAGAAGUUGGCCAUUGCGCAUGCGGAAGACUCCAGACACAAACUGUACAACAUGACAUCAGUAUGUGUGGGUGGGUGCUGGGGAUGCGUUAGGGUGGGUGUUUGGUGCGCACGGAUGCGCUUGUUGGCUUUGUGCGUCUGUGUCUGUGUGUGUGUGCAGGUGAGCUACUCGCCCCAGGCAGCCCUCGCACAUACGGCACACAGGUCAACACACCCACACGUCCAAUGGUACGCACAUAUCUGUCUGUCUGUCUGUGUGUCUGUCUGUGUGUCUGUCUGUAUGUAUGUGUGUGUUAGGCUGCCCAAGCAGUAUGCGGCCUUCUUCCGAGUGCUCUACGAGGUCACCAAGCGCGUUCCCGACUUCAGGCCGCGCACACUGGUGGAAUACAACGCCCAAAGCGCACCGGGGAUCAUGUAAUGUACCUAUAGCACACACAGACACAGACACACACACGUACACAUGUUUUGAUGUGCUGUAUCGCUCUGUGUCCGUCCAUCUGCCCCUCUGUGUGGUGUGUGCGUGCAGUGCGGCACAUCACAUUUGGGAGGGGGGAUUCACCGACACACUGGCUGUUGAACCGUCGGGUAGGUCAAGAAUUGACGAAUGUGUUCGUCCAUCUCUCUCUGUCUCUGUGUGUGUGUGUGUGUGUGUGCGUGUAUGUGUGUGCAGAGCACCUGACGCAGAUCGGCAAGUUCCUCACCUCAGGUAGAAGCGUACCAGACACACAUCUUGGAGUUUGUGGAUUCUUAUGCGAAUGUGUGCAGAUUUCCCGUCCGUGCGGUGGCAGCUUCAGCUCUACGAAGUCAGUGAGCCAACACACACACGCCCACACACACACACAUGGACAGAUUGAUGCAUGUGUGUGUGCGCAAUCAGGUGACGCACACGUUCGAUUUGUGUCUGGUGUCGUACGCCCUGGCGGGCAUCAAGGGCCAGGAGUCGCGCGAGAUGCUCAUCAAGAACCUCUGGAAUAGAAUCAACCCCGGAGGCUGCAUGGUCGGCUUGCUGUCCUUCACACACACCUAUCCAUCCAUCCAUGCGCACCGGGCUGUGUGUAUGCGUGUGUGCCAGGUGGUAAUCGAGCCCGGCACACCUACUGGUCGGUACACCACACACGUACACGUGGAUGGAUGGAUGGAUGGGUGUGUCUGCCUGCCAUCGAUCCAUUCAUGUCAUGUGUGAGCAGGGUUUCGGUUCAUCCACGGCGUGCGUGAGAUAUUCAUCAAAGAGCUGGGGGAUAAGAAGUUCCACUUUGUCGCUCCGGUGCGUACACACGAACACACACACAGAUGUACCUGGAGGGAGAUGGGUCCAUCCAUUGUGCUGUGUGUGUGUCAGUGCCCACACGAAGGCAUGUGCCCUCUUGCCGUCACGGGCAAGGACUGGUCAGUCAUCUAUAUGGCACACACACGGACACAGAGAGAGAAUGCAUGUGCUUCGAUUCAUCCAUCCAUCAACGGUGUGCAUGUGUUUGUGUAAUGUGUGUGUCUGUGUGCAGGUGUCACUUCAGCCAGCGGCUGCACAAGAUACCCCACUACAUCUACAACAAAGUACGCACAAGUUCACGCCAAACACGCCAGGCACACCCUCACACAGACAGACAGACAGACACGUGAUGUGAUGUGUGCACAUGUGUCAGGGUUAUCGGUGCAACAACAUCGAUGACGAGAAGUUCAGCUUCUUGGUCAUUCGCAAGCAGCCGGGGCCCAGGUCAGUGGACGACAUACAUUCGCCUGUGUGUUCUGCACGUACGUCUUGAUGGUGCCCACUGUGCGUGCCGCACCCAAUAGGGUGCUGUACAAGACCGAAGAUGAGGCGCCUUUCCCCGCUCUCAAGUCCUACUUCUGGCCAAGAAUCAUAUACGUGAGCACGCGCCUUGAGCUGCAUAUGUUGACGUCCAUCCAUCCAUCCGCGGUGUGUGUCUGCAGCCGUCUCUGAAGCGAGGCGAGCACGUGCUGAUUGACGUCUGUGCGGUGCGCGUUGACGCAAACACAAACACUCACACCAAUGGCAAUCUGUGUCUCUCUGGGUGGGUGGGUGUUUCGGGGAAGCAGGCGCCUCAGAACUUCGAGCGGCUUGCCGUCACCAAGUCGCAGUCACACGCAUUCGGAUACCGGUAGGGACACUAUCACAUCGCACACCGCAUGUCCGUCGAUGUGCGCACUUACUUGUCUGUGUCGUUGCUGUGUGUCCCCGUCUGUGUCUUUGCUGUGUGCAGUCAGGCGCGCACAUCGAUGUGGGGAGAUCUCUGGCGAUACCCAAAGCGGCUGUGCCGACCAGAGGUCAGCCAUAUAUCCGUCCAUCCAGCCACACAUCGUGGCUCGUGUGUGUGUGUGUGUGUGUGUGCGAAAGGCACGUGCGUACAUCCCUGAUGAGACGAGGAGCCAUCUCGAGAGGAAGGCCAAGAAGGCACGAGAGGUAUGUCAGUGGGUGGGUGGGUGGGUGGGUGAUGUCAUCACCAACCAAUGCACAAGUGGGUGCGUAUUCCUGGCCACCCGCAUGGCCAUUGCGUGUGUAUGCAGGCUCUGAAGGCGCUGGACAGCAGCCAGGCUGAGGAGUUCCUCAAGAGGGAAAAGAGCCACUACGGCAGCUAACUAGUUGACCGACGGAUGGACAGAGGGAGGGAUGCACAGACCUUCAUGCCUGUCACCGUGUUUGUCGACUUUUGUGGCGGCGGUAUGUGUGACGGACCAAGUGCAGCGGCACUCUCUUGUACACAUAGACGGCCGCACUGUGGUGCGAUGGGACUUACUACGCGUGCGAUUACGUGUGCGAUAAUGGAGAAAGCAAAUCCUAUCCUCACAAUAGGAAC